GGCAGUCGUUUGCCUGCAACCUCUACAAACUCACUUGCAUCAAACUUGAAAAACAAUGCAUUUCCCUGUUUGGCUGUAGCUAGAAGUGUCGUCUCAAAAUCGGCCAUUCAUUUUAAAGGUGAUCACCAGUAGACGUAAUACACCCAGGCAAAACCCACUUCAGUGAUGAAAUCAUUCUCAAAAAGUAAUUCUCCUGACCUCAUCCCUGGUCCUGCUGGCAACAACCAUCACAAAAUGUCUUCUUUGGAGAGGAAGCGUGAGAAACACAGCCCUUUCACCCUGAACCCUGACCCUCGGAGGAAGACCAGCGCAGAGAUCGUCACCGAGGCUAGGCACUCUCUGAGGACCCUGCGCACCCAGCGACCUUUUACCCCUCGAGACAACCACAGACAGCUGUUUGGAGAGACCUCUCGAACCCAAGACAGUCGACCUCCCUCUACAUUCAGCCUCUACGCUCGGAACUUUGAAGCGCCAGACUCCAGACCGGGUUCUGGAACUCGCCUGUCUCCUCUGGAACAUAAGCCCAGGUUGCCAGUGGCCCAGGAUGAGGACCCAGAUCCCGUCAGCCCCAUGGCACUCCCCAAACCCCCCUCUGACCCCCUGGAGCUGAAGAGGGGGGCGGUGGGGGCGAGGGCACGCCUUUUUAGAGCUGGCUCUCUGACAACACUCCCACCUGUGGCAUGGCCAACAGAAGUAAGGGAGAGUGUAAAUUCAGUCUCCAGCCCAGAGCAGAGAGCGCUGUCAGCUAAGGGAAGAGGCAGGAGAGCCCUUUAUGUUGAGCCUACUGAUCGAGAGAGGAGAGACAAGGAUAGUGGAGGACCCUCGAAACCUGCCCCACCCAGGACCAACAGUGUAAGUGGACUCAGGUUCCAUGGUGGUGUUGACUCAUCUAUUAGACCAGGCAAAGGAGCAGGAGCCGGGGCCAGAACAGAGUUAGGAACAGAGUUAGGCAACGGAGACAGACCAGCCAGCCAGGAGGCUGAGGACGAAUCAGUGGUGUGGAAUGUUAAGAUUUUCCCUCUGUUGCAAGAGCUGGAGUCCAUCGCUGCAGGUGGAUCCGAGGAUGCCGUGGAGCGGCUGUGUGACGCGUGUGACUGUCUCCAUGGCGCCCUGGCAGAGCAAGGCAUGCUGGGCCGGCGUUGCAGGAAGAGAGCGGGGCUUCUCAGGGCGCUGUUCUGCCUCAUCGACCUCAAUUCCGCCCAACUCAACCUGCAGCUCGCCAAACUCACCCUUGAGCUGAACGUCAGUGGAAAAAACCUGCUGAACAUCUGUAAACUCAUCUUCAAGAUCAGCCGCAGUGAGAGCAACGAUAUCCUCUUCCAGAACAACUCCAUCAUAGAUUCGCUGCUGUGUGUGCUGCGCUGUGAGGAUGUGUGUGUGUCUGGGGAGGCUGUGUUGUACUGUGUGGGCACUCUGAAGUUCCUCUCAGGGAACUCUGCCCUCCUCAGGCUCCUAUUGGCCAAGGACUGUGUGGGUGUGGCCACCUUGCUCAUACAGAAGCUCCACCCACUGUCCCAACCUGACCACACUCAGUUCACCAUCGGAGGACACAUCCAUGUACAGUUGACAGCAACCCUGAGGAACCUGGCUGACCUCCCCGAGUCCCGCCCCCUUUUCGUCUCCCACGGCACCCUGGCAGAACUGUGCCUGGUGCUGCGCCAUCACCACGGAGACCAGGACAUCUGCACCAACAUUGCCAGGGUGUUCAGUAAACUGUCCUCCUACUCUGAGUGCUGCCUGGUUCUGGCCCAGACCCCGGGCUGCUACACACUAUUUAUAGAACUGUUGAGCAAACACCAGUGGAAACAGGACCUGGUGGUGCGUCUGCUCUUCACUCUGGGUAACCUAACGUCUCGGAGCAGUGAGGCCAGAAAGCACCUCUUCACGGCUGAGGGAUGUAUGUCCGUGCUCCUAGGGCUCUACCACACCUACCACGGAAGGUGGGACCCACCGCCCGCACACACACCCCGCACACCUCCAGCCAGGGACACCUGUAACCCCUGCACCCCUUUCUUGGGAUGGUGGGAGAGCAAGGACGUGCUGGUGAAGCUGGUCAGGGUACUGGCUAAUAUGUCCAUCCACCCUGCAGUGGGACCGACCCUGGCAGCUAACACAGACCUAAUACACUACCUGCUAAACACACUGGAGCUCAGGUCCAUGCAGGAAAGUGAGGAGCUUCUGGUGAACGUGGCUGCCACCAUCAACAACCUGUCCUUUUACCAGGAAGACAGCUCAGUGGUCAGAGACAGAGGACUCACUGUCGCCAAGUUGUUGUUGAAGCUGCUCCUCAGCUCCAGUAUUGAUGGGAUGCUGGAGGCCACGCGUGUGUUUGGCAACCUGACCCAGUCCAGGGAGGUUUGUGACUUCAUCAUACAAAACAACGUGCACCAGUUUAUGGUGACUCUGUUGGACUCUAAGAGCCCAGAGGUGUGUUUCUCAGCCUGUGGGGUCCUCACUAACCUGGCCCUGAACCCCCCCUGCAGAACCACCCUCACACAGGAGGGAGCACACACCAAGCUGGCAGACUGUCUGAGGGACUUUGGGCCAGUGGACUGGCAGCUGGCUGGCCUGGUGUGUCAGACUCUGUGGAACCUCACUGAGGAGGGGGGGACGGAGACAGGCGCCCCAUCCACAAUGAACAACCAGGAAAGAGAGGCACUGCUAGAGGUCCUAACACUAUACCUAAACGAGGAGGACGCGCUGCAGUGGACCUCUGGUGACGACAUGAGGGACUUCCACCGAUUAUGCUGGGAGUUAGAGUUCCUGCCUGUGGCUAAGAGGCUGAGGGACAGGAUCCAGACUCAGACUGACUAACAUGACUAUCUUCUUACUCUGAUUGUCAUGAAUGGCGCCCCGUUACCUAUAUAGUGCACUGAUUUUGACCAGGGUCCAUAGACUGUGGUCUAAAGUUGUGCACUAUAUAGCGAAUAAGGUGCCAUUUGAGAUGCACCAUGUCUCACUCCCUAGUGUGACCUCUUUGCAAUGUCCUCUCCUUUCUCCUUGUUGUGCCUUGCUAUACUGACACCUCUCUAAAGUCUCUAUGCUACUACCCCUCUCACUAAUUCUAUGAAUAAGUAUUUAGUUAUAGGCUAUAGGUCUAGAUUUUUUCCUGGUUAAGUCACAAAAUCGUGAAAAACUCCAGGCCCAUACCUAUGACCUACUGAAUGUCUACCUGACAUGUAUGACAAACUGUUUACACUUUAAAUAACAGAAAUGAUCAUUUUUAGGUUGUCUUAUGUAUACUGUAAAUGGUUGUGAUUUUGUCAUAAGCUACUUUUGUUAACAUACGAGUAGAAUUGUCAUUUGUCUCUGUGGUGAUAAAGUAAAUGUUUCUCCUUAUGGCUGGUUAAGACAUUGUUAGGCCUAGAUUUAAUCAGAUCAAGCGUUAACCGGCGAUAUCCGACACCCACAUAGCUGAUGUUUUUGCGGUGUCGGAGGUGCAACUGCGUUGGAGUUGUCAAAUCUGUGAGCAGCUACUCCUGAUCAAUGUUGCGAAGCCACACCCGUUAGAAGUUCAGAACAAGAAAGUAUAGACUAUAAAGAACUAAUGACGCAUAAAUUGAUUAAAUUAAAUGAGGAUUUAUAUCCCACAUUCCAGUUUUUGAACUUUAUAUUUACAAGGCUGCAUGGGAUUUCUCUUAAGUCGACUCCGUGUAGCUAAUGGCAAAGUCCACUUCAGGUAUAAUUCCAGGAGACGCUUGUGGAUUUGACAGCUCUAACGCAGUUUCACCUCCGACACUGCCAAAACAACCGCUAUGCUCUCGUGUCUCCCAUUUUUUAAAAUGUUGCGUUACCGCACUUUGAAAUGAACAGCUCUAAGUUGAAUAAAAUCAUAUGAGGAUGUCAGCUAAAGUGGAUCUGAUCGAAUAGAGCCCUAAAUCUGUGAACCGCUGUACACAAACAAAACAGAAAAGUAUUGUAAACAUGCUCCUCAAAGCCUUUAUUGUUACACAAAUAUGGACCAGGCAGUGCUGCUGCAAAGUGACAGCGUUUUCAAAUCACAUUAAGGAAAAAACAGAAAAAAAACAGCACUUCUGUAAAAACAAA